AACGCGGCUGUCAGUGUCAAUUGGUUCGCCGCGACGACUUGAGGUGUCGUUAAUGUGUAAACCAACGUUGUACUCGAAAGUUUCUUCCUCGCGUUCCGUCAUUAGUCUGAAACGGUACGGUUUGACAUUCGCAUCGUCCCCUCGUUCCUGUGUGUUUACUAUCCCUGCCGCGAAAUCAAACGACGAGGCGUCUAUUUAACAACAACGGUGGUUCGAAGGAUCGGGAUCGAUCGGAAACAGAAAUUUCGAUUUGAAACUCGUACCCAACUUUUCGGUUCGUCUCGUCUGCCCGUCAACGACGACGGGCAGCCACGUUUCAUCGACCGAGCAGACAAGUUCUAUCUUUUCUUUUUUUCUGGUGAUCCCACUGAGAUAUAUCGAUAAAAACAACGCGUCUAUUGGUGACGAUCCACACAGUGUGUGUACGAUCGGUCGAGCGGUGAGAGCAGCCGCGAGGAACUCAACACGCUCACGCAGAUUUCCGUCGUUUCUGCACGUCGUUGCCGGCUUGAAAACGUCACGUGUGGUGCCGGACAAAGAGAAACAGAGAGAGCAUAUGCGAUAGUAAUCGUAAACGCGUCGCAUCCCCGCACGUUAAGUGGACGAGAGAACGCUCAGAUAGGAUAUAUGUUAGCGUGCUUUGACUUCGGUGAAGAUCGGUGAGACGUGCUGUGCUACUGCGCCCCGACGACAACGCGGAGAGGCUCUUACAAGACUGUGGCUCCCUGGAGAUCGGCGAGGAACGCCAGCGUCGGGUCGCUAUGAUGGAGUCCCUGUGCCAGGUGAACGGCACGAAGAGCAACGGAGGCAACGACAACAGCGCGAACAAUGGCAACAACAACAACCACAACUCAGACUGUCCGGAUCCGCAGCAGAGGCUGGCUGUGCUCAGUUUCGAGCAAGUUAGACGAUUGAAUGAUGUGAUGAACGAGGUGGUGUGCAUCCACGGUCGUGGUAACUUUCCUACUUUGGAAGUCAGAUUGAGAGACCUGGUUACCGUGGUCCGUAGCAAAUUAGAGUCUGACCCGAGCAACGGUGGUGCAGGUAUGAGGGUACGGGACAUCAGAUUGAACGGCGGCGCGGCUUCUCACGUUCUGGCCACCGAGUCGCAACCAUACAAUGACCUGGACUUGAUAUUUGCCGUGGAAUUGUCGAGCGGGCGAAACUACGACAAGGUGAAGGCCGCGGUGCUUGGCUCGUUAUUCGAUCUGCUGCCAGAAGGUGUCAGCCGUAAACGUAUCACCACGUGCAGCUUGAAAGAGGCGUACGUGAGCAAAAUGGUGAAAGUGAAUAACGACGGAGACCGGUGGUCCUUGAUUUCCCUUGGGAACUCACGAGGUCACAGGAACGUCGAACUGAAGUUCGUCGACUCGAUGAGGCGGCAGUUCGAGUUCUCGGUCGACUCGUUCCAGAUCGUGCUCGACUCGCUGCUCCUGUUCUACGAGUGCAGCAAGCUACCAAUUGGCGAGAACUUCUACCCAACCGUGGUCGGUGAAUCGGUGUACGGUGAUUUCCAGGAGGCGUUAUACCAUCUUCACAAAAAACUGAUCUCGACGAGGCAUCCGGAAGAGAUCCGCGGCGGCGGCCUGCUCAAAUACUGCAAUCUCCUGGUUAAGAUGUACAAACCCUCUCAGCCUGACUAUAUAAAAACCCUCGAGCGAUACAUGUGCUCGAGAUUCUUCAUCGAUUUCCCGGACAUCAGCCAGCAACGGGCCAAACUCGAGAACUACCUGUGGAACCACUUCGUCGGUCCCGAGGAGGAAGCCCUCAAGUACCAGUACCUGAUGUUGCUUCACAGCGUGGUGGAAGAGUCCACCGUAUGCCUGAUGGGUCACGAGAGACGACAGACCCUAGCUCUCAUCGAGAACCUUGCGUAUCAGGUGUUCUGCCAGGAGCAACAGCAACGAUUGACGAAUCAUCAGCAGGCACCUCCUGGACCGCCCACCACAUACGUUUACGCGAACGGUUACUAUUACGCUCCAGUGAUACCCACCGCGUGCUACACGUGCACGUGCAACUCGUGGAUGGCGUGCUCGUCGUGAUGCGACAUCGACGCCAACGCCAUCGUCGCCACUAGCACCGCCAUCAACACCGCUACGACCACCACCGGCACGAUCACCGAUGUCCGCGAUAACUCUAUGAUCUUUAUUGACCACGGAACCAUCGACGAGCCUCUGCUUACCGACCAGGGGGGCAAUCGUCCUCAACCAGGUUACGAUCGACGUAAUUCGGAUCGUCGUGGUUCGUGUUUAUCCAACAAUCUCGAGAAAGACGCUUGUCGAUCAUUGAUCGUUCACGACAGCGGGUCAAAGGAGCAAAAUCGUUUGCUCCUCAGUUGACGCUUGGACACGCGUCGAACAUCGAACACCGACCGAACCAGAGUGUGACGUAGACGAGAAAGAUUCUCGUCGGAAUAAAACGGAGGAAGAUAAAACCCGCGGUGAUCGAUUCGCCAAAUGGAUCGUGGGAGGACGGUGUUUAUCGUUCGAGAGGGUUGGUGACAGUGAACAAAAACAACAAAAACGAAAGAAACAGCUUCGCGGAAGACUGAAGAGAUCCAGGAGAAGAUCAAAUUCUAACCUAACAGCAGAAACAUUUGUAAUACUGCGCGUUUACGUCCCGGUGUAUCUUUCUGUUUCUCCUGGACGCGUUUAUUCAACUCCGGUGGACGAUCAGUUGUCGCGGGAGGAAGGACCAAAACACAAUGGUAUUUGCUGUAAAAACGGUCGUAGGGGAUCAACAGAGAGACUAAAGACUCCAAACGAAAUAAAAAAAAAAAAAACAGAAAAAAAAA